AAGAAGAAAAAAAACAAAGAUUUGUAACAUCUACCCACCCACCUUAUUUUAAAGGGGAAGAAAAUGGUGGGAAAAAAGCCAUUAAUGGCGGAAGCUCAAAAAUCUUCAACUGCUGUUCAUCCUCCCAAAAUGAUGUUAUUUUACUUGGUAUUCUUAGCACUAUUUUCUUCUUUAACAACAGCAGCAACAAUCACUGAAACACAAUCACUUCUCACCUGGAAAAACUCUCUGUCUACAUCCGAUUCUCUGUCUUCAUGGAAGCUUUCCAAUGCUCAGAAUCUUUGCAAUUGGACUGGAAUUUCAUGUAACAAUCUUAAUUCUAUCUCCAUCAUCAAUUUAAGCAAUCAAAAUCUUACUGGUGAUCUAACCAAUUUCAGUUUCAGUGAUUUCCCAAAUCUAUCUAGUUUAAUUCUUGACACCAACAAUCUUUCUGGGAAAAUCCCCGUAACCAUUGGUAAUCUCUCUAAACUCACUCAGUUAGAUAUUAGUAACAAUUAUUUUGAAGGCUAUAUUCCUUCUGAAAUUGGUCAAUUGUCUCAACUUGUAAAUCUUAACCUGUCAAUUAAUAACAUUGCUGAUAUAAUUCCUCCCGAAAUUAGCAAUUUGAGAAAGUUAAGAACCCUAGAUUUGGGUUCAAAUUACCUUGAAACCCCUAAUAAUUGGUCUAAGUUUAACUCCAUGCCUGUAUUGACCCACUUAAAUUUUGGGGAUAAUGACCUAACUGGAGAAUUUCCUAGCUUCAUUUUUGGGUGUAAGAAUUUGACUUAUCUGGAUUUGUCAAGCAAUAAUUUAAUUGGGUUAAUCCCAGAAUCUCUAUUCUCUAAUCUUCCAAAUCUUGAACACCUUGAACUAUCUGUGAAUUUGUUCAAUGGGUCAAUAUCACCCAAGAUUUCUAAUCUAUCUAAACUAACUGAACUUCAUUUAAAUUUGAACAUGCUUUCUGGUUCAAUUCCUGAGAGUAUAGGUAAAAUUUCUGGCCUCAAAGUCAUUGAAUUGCGCAGUAAUUCACUUUCUGGAAGAAUACCUUCAUCUAUAGGACAACUUAGGGAGCUUCAGAGAUUUGAUGUUAAUGAAAAUAAAUUGAACUCUAGUAUUCCUUCUGAACUUGGGUUAUGUACUAAGCUUAGUUUUCUAGCUCUUGCUGAUAAUUCACUAACUGGGGAAUUGCCCUUAUCCUUGACUAAACUUAGAAAAAUUUCAGAACUUGGGUUAUCACAAAACAAUCUGUUUGGUGAAAUUUCUCCAUAUUUCUUAACCAAUUGGACUGAGUUGAUCUCCUUGCAACUUCAGGACAAUAAUUUUAGUGGUAUUAUUCCUCCUAAAAUUGGACAUUUGUCAAAACUUCAGUUGCUUUAUCUUUUUAAUAACAGUUUUACUGGUUUUAUACCCUUAGAGAUAGGAAAAUUGCAUGAUUUGAUAGAGAUUGAUCUUUCAUCUAACCAGCUUUCUGGAUCAAUUCCUUCAACAAUUGGGAAGUUAAGUAAUCUUUCGUUAAUACAGCUAUUCUCGAACAAUCUCACUGGAGAAAUCCCACCGGAAAUUGGAAAUCUCACGUCGUUGACUGUUCUUGAUAUCAAUAGUAAUCAGCUCAUCGGUGAGUUGCCUGAGUCUUUGUCAGAUCUCACCAAUCUGCAAGUAUUCUCUGUGUUUACCAAUGAUCUUUCGGGGGAAAUCCCACGAAACUUUGGUGAAAAAAUCCAUUCUCUUUGCAAUGUUAGCUUUUCAAACAAUAGUUUUUCUGGGGAGUUGCCUCCAAGGUUGUGCAGUGGGUUACAGCUUCAGUUAUUGACAGUUAAUGGGAACAAUUUCACCGGAAAUGUUCCUGAUUGUUUGAAGAGCUGCUCUGGGUUAGUCAGACUUCGCCUGGAUGGAAAUAAAUUUGAUGGAAAUAUAUCGGAUGCAUUCGGUAUUUACCCAAAUCUUACUUACGUCAACCUGAGUGGAAAUCGAUUUGUUGGUGAGAUCUCGCCCAAGUGGGGAGAAUAUGGAAAUCUAACAAAUUUUCAGGUGGAUGAAAACAAACUUUCUGGGGAAGUACCGGCUGAGCUUGGGAAACUGCAUCAGUUGCGUGUUCUAACUCUUGGUUCGAAUGAAUUUAGUGGGAAAAUCCCGUCUGAACUAGGAAAUUUGAGCUUGUUGAUUAACCUUAACAUGAGCGAUAAUCACUUGAAAGGAGACAUUCCGAAAAGCAUUGGCAAAUUGAACUCUCUUCAGAAUCUUGAUUUAUCGGCUAACAAUUUGUCAGGUGAAAUUCCCAGAUCACUUGGGGAUUGUAGCAGGUUAUUAAGCAUGAAUUUGAGUCACAAUGGCUUAUCAGGAAACAUACCAGAAGAACUUAGCAACUUAAUUGAAAUUCAAGUCUUGUUGGAUUUGAGCAGCAACAAUCUUUCUGGUCCAAUCCCACAAGGUCUUGUCAAACUGAUAAACUUGGAAACCCUCAAUCUUUCACAUAACCAUCUCUCGGGGAAGGUCCCAUCGUCAUUCUCAAAUAUGGCUAGCUUACAGUCUCUCGAUCUUUCCUACAACAACUUGUCGGGUUCAAUCCCUAAUGAUGAUAUUUUCCGAGAUGGGUUGUUCAUGGGAAAUGCUGGUCUUUGUGGAAAUGCAACCGGCAUACCUCUCUGUGAUCAGAUAGACUCUCACAAAAGCCACAAAAAGGUUAUAGCUAUAGUUGUUCCUAUUGUUGUUGUUGUCCUCCUCGCUGCAUGUGUAAUUGCAGCACUAUUAUGUUGCAGAAAGAAGAAAAAACCCGAUUUGGAGAGUAAAACUUUAUCGGACUUGGGAGAAUCAGAACCAUUGAUAUGGGCAACAGAAGGAAAAUUUACCUUCCGAGAAAUUGUCAAGGCCACUGAUGAUUUCAGUGAAUUUUAUUGUAUUGGUAAAGGUGGAUUUGGUAGUGUUUAUAAGGCUUCAUUAUUGUCUGGGCAAAUCGUUGCUGUCAAGAAGCUAAACAUGUCGGAUUCUAGCGACAUUCCCUCGACAAAUAAACAGAGUUUCGAGAAUGAGAUAAGGGCAUUAACGGAGGUCAGACACAGGAAUAUAAUCAAGUUAUAUGGCUAUUGUUCCAGGAAGGGCUCUAUGUAUUUGGUCUAUGACUAUGUCGAAAGGGGCAGUUUGGGGAAAGUUCUGUACAGUGAUGCUGCCAAACUCGAGCUUGGAUGGGAAAGAAGAUUGAAUAUUGUAAGAGGGUUAGCUCAUGCAGUCGCCUAUCUGCAUCACGAUUGUACCCCACUGAUUGUUCAUCGUGACAUUUCCAUAAACAAUGUCCUGCUUGAUAAUGAAUUUGAACCUCGACUUUCAGAUUUCGGUACUGCAAAACUCCUUAGUUCAGAUGCAUCUAGCUGGACAACUGUUGCUGGUUCUUAUGGAUAUAUGGCCCCAGAGCUGGCUCUGACAAUGCGAGUAACAGAAAAGUGUGAUGUUUAUAGCUACGGAGUGGUGUUAUUGGAAGUUAUGAUGGGACAGCAUCCAGGAGAAUUUCUGUCGACAUUAUCUUCGUUUGCUGAGAAGCAAGACACACUACUCAAAGAUAUUUUAGACCAACGUCUCUCACCACCCUCAAGGCAAGUAGCAGAAGAUGUAGUAAUUGCAGUCACACUAGCUUUGUUAUGCACGAGUACAGAACCAGAUUCACGCCCUACAAUGCGGUAUGUGGCUCAAGAACUAUCUGCUCGAACACACAGUUAUCUUUCUGAGCCCUUUGGUACUGUUACACUUGGGAAAUUGAAUGCUAAUCGUUCAUGAUGAUAAGCUAUAGACAACAUAGGUCAUUGCUUGUCUAGGAUUUUUACUUGAUGUAGUCGAAAAUUUGUUGUAGAAACGAUAAAUCCCAUGAAAAGUUUAUAGAUAUGCAACAUUGUAUAUGUUUUUAGCUGUAUUAGUCUCUUUUAGCUUUCUUAGGUGCUGUUGUAUUAUUGAUCAUUCUGUGUGAUUUACUAAUAAAAAUACUUGCAACUUCCUUCUCAG